AGUGUGACAUAAAUAUGUCACAGAAAUGUUCUGUCUUUAUUACUGUAGUUGUCCAGUUUACUGAAGAGCACAUACCCCAAAAUGGAAAAUCUUGAAGGAGGUUGGCUCUUCUACAAAGCAGCUGGUGGACACGGAAGGAGGAAACUAAGUGCUGUAGCCUUUGAAUCCGAAGGAUACACAGGCACAGUUCUUAGGAGUGCAUCCGCUAGCGGGAAGUUCAUGCUAUAUAUUGCUCCUCUUCAGGAGGAGAUAGAUAUGACCCCACUGCCAGCGGAUGCACCAGAGUUUAGUCUGAUGCCAAAGGCUACAUGCACACAGUGCAAAAAGAUACUCCCUUUACAAAUGCUUGCCCUUCAUGUGCAAGGAGAUUGUGGAGGGACGUCUGGGACAACUGAUUCAGAGGAAGAUGACUACCCUGAAUCAUCUGUUCCUGUGACUGCAGAUGUGGAGAAUAACAGCGAAUGCCCAAUAUGUAGCAAACAGUUCCCAGGUGAGGAAAUUGAAUUCCACGCCAGUACCUGUGGAGCAAGUCCUGUAUGGGGACAUGAUGCUGGACCUCAUGAUCUGCAAGGGCACACACAAACUACAACAGAUUACAUUGCAUGCGUACAGAGCCCAGAUGUUGGACUGGAAAUGUGCAAUGUUCUUAAACAACCCACACAAGACGAAAUUACUGAAAUCUCAUGGGAGAACAUUUUAGAGAGAGGGCUAAAUUUAUGGCAGUGCCAGAAAACUGCCCGCCCAGCAAACAUACUUAAAGUCACCUUCAUAGGAGAAGCUGGAGUUGAUACCGGGGCAUUAAGGAAGGAGUUCCUGUCUGAGAUGGUUGCUGGGAUUGAGACACGCCUCUUUGAAGGUGGGGAGAAAGGGAAGAUCCCAAAAUACUCCAUCUCUGACCUGGACAAAAGCUAUUACAAAACUGCGGGUGAAAUAUUUGCUGUCAGCCUUGGCCAAGGUGGCCCACCUCCACGUUUCUUUCAGGACUGGUGUUACCAGUACCUGGUGACAGCGUCACUUAAGGACAUUACCAAAGAUAAUGUCCAUGAUGAAGAAUCAUCCUCACUAAUUCAAAAGGUGUGCUGA